CGCUUUGCGGCGCUUUGGCCCGUUCCUCCCCGCCCGCGUCCGGCGCCUCUACUUCCGCGCCAGCCAGCCAAGCCAACCACUCCCCUGCGUGCCCCAGUGCCGGCGGAUUAACUUUUACUGCUUCGUGACCGAGGAGUAACAACGGAUGGCUAGCAACCAAACAUCCUCGUUCAAGGGUGAGGUGAGGCGCAGGCAGCGGUAGCGCUGGCGCCUGGCGACGCCCACCGGUCACCGUCCAGGGUCCAUUAAUGUCCUCCCGGAGGACCGCUACUGCUUGCCGCCUGCUGCUGGGGGGAGUGUGAGCAACCGCGUAGGUGAGAGAUUGGUCCCGUGUGCACUGCGGCACUCUCCCUGCCUCCGACCCUCCCUCCCCUGCUGGUCCUCUUCCUCCUGCGACUGCUUGCUAGGUGCUGAGGAAGAAUGGGGAAAGAAUGUUGGGGGUUCUUGGAUGCAUUCGCGGGGUUCAGGCUUUGAAGUGACUUGGCGAGCUUCUUGCUAUUGCCUCCUGGAUUCGCUGCGUUAAGGAAACUGUUUUUAGCAAGGAAAGGUCUAAGAGGAAUCAGUGUGCAACACUGCAACUACAUUGCUCCACCUUGGGCCUUUCUGGUUUAUUCUGUUGCGAGAGAAAAUUCUCAUUGAAGUUCUGACAAUUCCAGUUUUGAAGUGAUAAAAGUUCACCAAGAUACCAAGCCAACGGAGAAAAUAUAGAGAUAGUUGAGUUCCAAUGGCUUGGCACCUGAGUAUCCUUAUCAUGGCCACAACCUGUUUUAUGUUAUUCCCAAGAAGUGAACAGUCUUCAGAGAGCGAACUGCUGCAGCAGCUCAGGAAGCAGCUGGAGUACCCCAGGCAGCUGGAUGCAUGGGGCAGCCCAAGCAGCGAUCCCUGCUACACUCAACCCACUGCGGUACUUGCUGUAACCUGUGAGGGAAAUGCCAUCACAGAGCUAAAGAUAAUCGGUGACAGGAUCACCAAACCACCAAAGUUCAGUGGCUAUUCUGUUCCUAAUGUCACCCUUUCAGAAGCCUUUGUUGUUGAUUCGUUUGUUACUACGUUGGCAAGGUUGACUACCUUGCGGGUUGUUAUCCUUGUGUCUUUGGGCCUAUGGGGUCCCCUCCCGGAUAAGAUUCACCGCUUGUCUUCCCUUGAAGUGCUUGAUUUGAGCUCCAAUUUUCUGUAUGGAUCGAUCCCUCCUAAGCUGUCAGUCAUGUCAAAGCUCCAUACCGUGACACUGGAUCGUAACUAUUUCAAUGAAAGUGUGCCAGAUUGGCUUGACUCGUUCUCAAACCUCACUGUUCUUCGGUUGCAGAGUAACAGGCUGAAAGGAUCCAUACCAGCAUCAAUUGGCAAAGCUGCCAUGCUUACGGAGCUCGCGCUUGCUGGCAAUAGCAUCUCGGGGGAUGUUCCAAAUUUAGCCUACCUAAAUAAACUUGAGAUGCUGGAUUUAAGGGACAAUCAGUUGGAUGGAGAUCUUCCAGAGAUGCCUACAGCAUUGGUAACAAUCUUACUCAGCAAGAAUUCACUAAAGGGUGAAAUUCCCAAGCAGUUUGGUGAGCUAAACCGGCUUCAGCACCUUGAUCUCUCAUUCAACUUUCUUGUGGGGAGUCCUCCUGAAGGGCUCUUUGCUCUCCCCAACAUCAGUUAUCUGAACUUGGCAGCAAAUAUGCUUAGUGGAUCACUCUCGAGUAGCUUAACAUGCAGCAGUACUCUGGGCUUUGUGGACCUGUCCACUAACCGACUCACAGGUGAUCUGCCUGCUUGUCUGAAUGGCAAUAUGAAUAACAAGGUCGUUAAGUUUGAUGGGAAUUGCUUUAGUGUUGGCCCUGCUCACCAGCAUGAAGCUAAAUAUUGCCAACAAUCUCAUAAGGGAUCAAACAAGGAUGUUGGACUUGUAGUCACUGUUGUCGGUAUUUUGUUUAUUGUGCUUGUGCUUUCUCUGGUGUUAAUGGCUUCAAACAGAAGAAGCUGUCAGAAAGUUCUUGCUGAACAACAGUUCCUGCAAAAGCAUAAACAAGAUAAUUCAACUUCAGGAAUGUCCUCAGAAUUGUUAGUUAAUGCAAGGUGUAUAUCUCAAGCUGUCAAAUUAGGAACACAAAUACAGCCUUCAUAUCGCAUAUUUUCUUUAGAGGAACUCAAGGAAGCAACAAAAAGCUUUGAAAGGUCAGCAUUUUUAGGCGAGGGAGCAAUUGGAAAGCUAUACAAGGGAAAGCUAGAGAAUGGCACCCUGAUUGCCAUAAGAUGUUUGGCAUUACACCAGAGAUAUUCAAUCAGAAAUUUAAAGCUUCGUUUAGAUCUCCUUGCAAAGCUUCGCCACCCAAAUUUGGUUUGCCUCUUGGGGCACUGCAUUGAUAGUGCAGUUGAUGAAUCAAGUGUGAAGAGGGUAUUUCUUGUAUAUGAAUAUGUUCCUGGUGGAACUCUCUCUUCUUAUCUUUCUGGCUCUAGUCCAGAGAAGACCCUAAAGUGGUGUGAUAGGCUGCAGUUGCUGAUUGCCAUAGCUAAGGCUGUUCAUUUCCUACAUACAGGAAUAAUUCCUGGUUCCUUAUAUAACCGGCUAAAAUCUUCUAGUAUUUUGCUUGACGAACACCUUGUGUCAAAGUUGAGCGACUAUGGAUUAUCGAUAAUCACAGAGGAGAUAUACAAACAUGAGGUAGUAGAAGAGAAAAGAUACUUACAAAACAAUGCUGCAGAAACGGAGGAUUCGGAGGAUGAUGUCUACUCCUUUGGUUGUAUUCUACUGGAAGCACUUAUGGGACCAAAAUUACAUGAAAAAGGGGGCCCUUUUGUUUUAAAUGAUUUGGUUGCGUCAAUAUCAUGCCAGGAAGAGCGAGAGGAAGUUCUGGAUUCAGUCGUUAUUGGCACUUCAUCACAGGACUCCUUGUCCAUAGUGGUUUCUAUCAUGAUCAAAUGCCUAUCUGCCCAAUCCUCAACCCGACCGUCCAUCGAAGAGGUUCUCUGGAACCUGCAAUAUGCUGCACAAGUUCAGCUCAAGUUGUUGAUCUGCUCCCACUGCAUCUCCAAUAACAGACCAAGAAGAGCUUGAUGUCAGAGAAAGGAUCCUUGUUGCCAACUUUUGUAAAGCUGGUGCUUCAGUUUCAUACAGCCGCCACCAAGAUGCUGAAAUAAACAACAACUCUUUAAUAUUAGUUACAAACAUACAAUAGAUGAUAACCAGCUGUGUAACAUAACUACAUAAGUUACCUCUACCUGGAUUGUAAUCAAUUUUUUCACAACUCCUUGCAAGCUUCUUGUUAAAAUUUCCUUCUCUAUUUUGAAACUUCUUUAGUUCAGUGUUGACAGCCUCAUCUUGCUUCUCAUCAUGAUGAUAAAAAGUCUCUACACAGCUGAUAAAUCCUUCUGUUAUUGUGGCUUUAUCAAAGAUUGAUAGGUUACCAUAGCUGUAGUAUGGAUUCAGCAGAUAGGUAGUCAAAUGCAAUGGAGAAUCUAGUCUUCCUUUCAUCUUCUUGUCAAUAAUAGCAAUAACUUCGUUGUAGCGGGACUGAACAUUGCCAUAGGCUUCCUUGAUCUCUCUAUUUACCUUCAGUAGUUCUCCAUAUAGGAAACCCAUUGAUGGCUUCACAUCCCCAUCAACCAAACAAAGAACUUUAACCAAUGGCUCAAAAACACUCAAUAUUGUUGCUGUUGCAUCUUUUCCUUUUUUUUGACAUCACAUCCUUCAAUGUGUCCCACCUAUUAUGAACCACCAUAUUUCUUAGUUGGUCCUUCUUCUCUAGUAUGCUGUUCAAAGUGAGAAAAGCUGAAGCAAACCUAGUCACUCCUGGCCUUAUUAUCUCUCUCCCCUCUGUGAAGUGUCUCAAGCACUCCAAUGUUCUUGUAUGCCCAUAUACAAAUAUGGUGAAUGCCUUUGCUUGGUCAAUCACCUUCUUGAACCGUGGCAUGUUGCCAAUUCCUUGGAGCAUCAAAUUGAUUGUGUGAGUUGCACAAGAGCUCCAAAAGAUGUUUGGUCUCUUCUCCAAAAGUAGCUUCUUUGCUCCCAUGUUGUUAGAAGCAUUGUCUGUCACUACUUGCACCACAUCAUUCGGACCAAUGUCUUCAAUUGCCUUGUCCACUAGUUCAAAUAUGACUUCACUUGUGUGUGACACAUCUGACAUCUCUUUUGAGCUGACAAAACUGGAUCCAUCAGCACAUUUAGUGCACAGGUUCAUUAUGCUUCUCCUCUUCCUAUCUAACCAAGCAUCAGUCAUAACAGAGCACCCAUUCUUCACCUUCUCAGCCUCACGUUCUCCCAGCAAACUCUUGGUUCUUGCAUAUUCUUCUCCUAGCAAACUCUCUCGUAGAUCACGCAGAGGUGGAGGUUGAAGUCCAGGGCCAAACUGUCCAAUUGCUUCACACAUUUGCUUGAACUCAUCAUUGU